CAGCAUAAAACACAUGAAACAUGAAACAUGUUGAAUCCUGAAUCCUGAUGUUUACGUGUAGUGACGUUUAUUCGUCCAACAUUUCCAUGAAAAUAGUUGCUUUACAUUUAUCUUUUAGUAGAAAUAACGUCAAGUCAAGGGGUUAAAAUGAGUUGGUAUUCCAAGAAAGAUGUACUUAAAGACCUUGCUCAAGCGAUGGGAGGUAGGUUCAAAGAUAUCGACGAACAGCAUAUUGUGGUUGGUGAGCAACCGCCGCCUAUUUGCACGACGACUGAAGAUGAUGAUGAAUUAUUGUUAAGAUUAAAGCAAGGACUUGCACAAGAUGACAAGGAGCAUGGGCCCGAUUUGGCGGGAAUAACAGAAAUGUUACGAAUGGUUGACGAUUUUGAUGACAGUAAAGAAAAUAAAUGCACAGUACAGGAUAAUAAUAAUACAGUUAUUAUAUCAAAACUAAACCCUAAUGUACCGGAAUUUAAUCCGAAGAAAUCAGAUGAUGACAAACAACCAGAAAAUGUUGAAGCAGUUAAUAAAAAUGGAAUUAAAAAAGGUGAAACAUCAUCUAAUACCAGUGAACAUAUUAAACAAAUUGAGAAGCUAAAAAAUAAAAUAAUUAGCCCAACUAAUGAAAAUAUUAGUAUCAAAAUGAAAAGUGAAAGAAAUAUUGCAAUUGCUUCACUCUUGAAGCUUUACUCAGAUCCUCCGGAAACCAGUGGUGUCAGUGAAAAACAGCCAAAACUACUCACACCUCAACAUUUUGAGAAGCCUUAUGUAGAUGACACAAAAGGCAAUGAUGCUUCACAAACAUCUUCAACGAAUCCUCCAAAGAAAAUUGUAAAUGAGUGUGAAACAAGAGAGGAUGAAAAUAUGAAGCAGGAAGUUGAUAAUUCAGUUGCAAAAGUGAAAAGUUGGUUAAAUAUGGAUGAAAAACCGAAAACCCUUACCAAAGCUUUGUUCUUGGGCCCGGUCACAUUUAAAAAGAAGGAAAAUGUUAAACCAAUAACUCCAACAUCUGAUGUGUCGGAGAAGACCUCAAGUAACUCUCCGUCAUAUGUACCUACAGAGUACGCCGAGAAACUGACAGAGACAUACAAGAUGCGGGUCAAAGCUAAAGAGGAGCGGAACCUCGAUAUGUGGUCUCGACUCGAGAGAGAUCUGAAAGCAAAGGAUGAAGAUAUUAGACGAAGGAAUCUGCAAGCCGGCUCUAACACAAAGAGUCAUGGACGUCGCAGACAUCAACAUGCCAACUAGUCAAUAAAAUAUACAACCGUAAGUUACUGUCAGAAUAUUCCAUCAUCUUAUACUCCCUCGCAUAUGCGUUUUCAAAGGUAAGAUAAUAAAUACUAUAUGAAAGACAUAGGUUAGAAAAUAACAUCAAGACGAACUUCAUUAGUCUGUUACGUAGCUACCAAUGACAAUUUCACAAUGUGAUGUUUAAUAU